AUGUUUUCUUCCAUAUCAGUUCUCUCCUUCAUCCUCACCCUGAUCAGCUUGGCCACUGCAAUCCGGCAUCCCGCAACGCCCCUCUCAUGGGACGUCUUCCACGCUCCCGAGCUUCCCUCGAAUGCCGUCCUCGUUGGUGCUCCAGUCAACAUCGAAACCUCCCAUGCGCUAGCAGAUUGGGUUUCUGGAAUUAUCGGCCAAAAAACUUUAACACAUAUUUAUAUUACUCACGGACAUGGCGACCAUUUCUUUGGCAUUCCAGUUCUCCAACAACGUUUCCCUGGUGUGAUCGCUGUAGCCACUGAACGAACUAUCGCACAUGCAGCCGAGCAAUUGAGUUGUGCGGAAUUUGUCGAGUUCUGGUCUGCCACGUUUCCUGAUCAGAUACGCACCCAGAAGGAAACGAUCCAGCCAUUACCGCACAAUGGGAAGUUUUACCUUGAGGAUGAUUUGCUUCAAGCUGUCGAAGUCGGACAGUCGGAUACAUAUAACACGACUAUUUUACACGUUCAUUCUCUAGAGUUCGUGAUAACUGGCGAUGCCGUGUAUGGAGAAUGUUUUCAAUAUCUUGUUGAGACCAAUAGCGCGGAAUUGAGGGCGAAGUGGAUAAGAGCAGUUGAUAAGAUCGAGAGUCUGAAACCAAAGAUUGUGGUGCCGAGUCAUAAGCAGGUUUGGGAUGGGUUUGGGACAGAUAAUUUUGAGAAGACUAGACAGUAUAUCAAAGAUUGGGAGACCUUACUCGAAGUCGCAACGAGCGCCGAGGAUUUGAAGGAAAAAAUAACGGCAUUAUAUCCACAGAGGGUUGGGGACUGA